CGCGAACCGCGGAUAUCCCGGUGUGUAAAAUGGUGGCUUGAGAGAGGCUCGUUAAAAUGACUAAGAUUUAACAACUCGCUCAUCCUAUCCAAAAGCAGGUGUGAUGGCGAAAAGGAUUGCUGAUAAGGAGCUAACUGACAGGAACUGGGAUCAGGAAGAUGAGGGCGAGGAGGCAGGGACUUUCUCACUUGCAAGUGAAGACGUGUUAAAGAACCGGGCAAUUAAGAAGGCUAAACGUCGAAAUGUUGGAGCAGAGAGUGAAACAAAUGGAGCCUUCAAAGGUUUUAAAGGGUUCUCCAUGAACUCAUCGACAGCUACUGGAGGUACGCCUCCAACUUUUUCUGGUUUUGGGAAUGGUGCCCCCCCUGUCCUGACCAAUGGGAAUAACACCACUGCAUCCUUUGGCGGUUUCUCUUCUACAGCACCUGCUGCUACACCCAGGUCAACGUUUAAUGGCUCCACCUCUGCCAAGCCCACGAGUGACAUCACCAUCAACCAGACCAAUGGCUCCACCCCGAGCCUGACUCAGAGCUCCAUCUCCUGCAGCAGCAGCGGCAGUGGCAAUAAGGAGUACAGCCGACAGCUCACCGCUCUUAACUGCUCCGUACGGGAUUGGAUAACCAAGCAUGUGAACGACAACCCUCUGUGUGACCUUAACCCGAUCUUCAGGGAUUAUGAGAGGCACCUGGCCAGCAUUGAGAAAAAGUAUGGAGGAGCAGCGGGGGAGUCUGCCACAGUGGUCGACGGAGGCUCCAGCAGCAAAACGCCUGGGGAGAGGCAAAGGGGGCAGCUGCCAGCCAGCACCACAGCAGUCCCCUCCUUCUCCAGCAGCAGCACAACAGGCACGGUGACAGCCCCGACACCAGCCUCUGCUUUGUUCUCCUUUGGCAAGGAAAAGGGCGACUCACCCCAAGACAAAGGCGGCGCUGCCCCGGUUCCCGCUGGCAUAACGUUUAACUUUGGGCAGAAAGUGGAUAGCUCAGCGCUUGGUUCCCUAGGUGCCGGUGCAUCUCCCUCCAGCUUCUCCUUCUCCGCCAAACCUUCUUCCAGCCAGGGCUCCCUCUUUGGAGCUUCAGCUUCCACAGUCCCACCAGUGCCCUUCUCUUUCAGCGGGGCAAAAGCUGAGGCUGCCCAACCUGCAGAUCAAAAUGAAGAUGAGGAAUCGGAGGAACCCCCCAAACCUGAGGUCCGAGAGAUCAAGGAGAAGGAUGCCUUCUACUCCAAAAAAUGCAAACUCUUCUAUAAGAAGGAUUCUGAAUUCAAGGAGAAGGGGACGGGCACGCUGCACCUGAAACAGAUGCCGGAUGGGAAGACACAGAUGAUAGUGCGGGCCGACACCAAUCUGGGAAACAUCUUGCUGAACAUCAUCGUGCCGGCAUCCAUGCCUUGCUCCAGAAUGGGGAAGAACAACAUUAUGGUGGUGUGUGUACCCAACCCGCCUGUGGAUGACAAGAACCUCAACAGCCCUACCCCUUUGCUAAUCCGGGUCAAAACGGCCGAAGAUGCAGAUGAACUUCACAAAAUCAUUGAGGAGAAGAAAGUCUAAGCCCUCUCAGACUUCACCCCACAGUCCCCCAUUCUUCUGGCACAACUGCCUCUUCCUGCUCGAAUCCUCUUGUUUCCUUACAGCUCCUUAACUUCCUGUCCUUAUAUGCCACGUAGGUCUGGACAGAACAUGCAUGGCCACAUGUUGAACUCGUGGUUUUAUCCCAACUUACACACACACACACACACACACACACACA